CGUGGCGCGAGCCAAUUACGAUCUGUGCUCGCUCAGGGAGGUGAUCUGCUCCGGCGCGCCGCUCGGGAGGGACCACAUGGAGCGCUUCGCCGACGCAUACCCCGGCAUAACCCUCUCUCAGUUCUGAAAGAGAGGUAUCAUGGAUUCUUCUCACGACGUUGGUUUGUCGCAAGCGGAGUGGAGCCCGUUCGAAGAGAUGGUUUUGGAGCUUGCUCUCCUGGCAAACCCAGAGGGAAUGCCAGAUCGAUGGUCUCGGAUCAGUGCCAAUUUUUCAAGAAAAAGUCCGAAACAAGUACUGUACCAUCAUUAUCAGAUUCUGAAAGAUGACUUGCAGAAGGAAGAAGGUGGCAAUUCCGGUGAUGGAUGUAGUAUGGGUAUGGCACCGGAGCAACGCCCACCGAAAGAUCAGAACACCUCUCUUGGGUCAGGACGCCGCGGUCUGGAGAGGAGGAAGGCUAAGCCAUGGACGGAGGAGGAACAUCGGUUAUUUUUACAAGGACUUGCAACUUAUGGGAAGGGGGAUUGGAAGAGCAUAUCUCGACAUGCAGUGGUGACGAGGACGUCAGUGCAAGUGGCCAGUCAUGCACAGAAGUUCUUCAUCCGCCAAAAACAAGACAUGGAGCGCAAGAGAAAGAGCAUCCACGAUGUCACCAAUCUUUAG